CAGAAUUCUCGCGAUAGGUGAGACGAGGCUUCCCGGAAGUGAUUCUCCGGAAGAAGCAUGGCUGUUCCCGGAACCUGGCUCGGAGCUGCACGCUGAAGCGCCGACAGCAUGCAGUCUGAUGAUGUUAUCUGGGAUACACUAGGAAACAAGCAAUUUUGUUCCUUCAAAAUAAGAACCAAGACUCAGGGCUUUUGCAGAAAUGAAUACAGCCUGACUGGACUGUGUAAUCGGUCAUCCUGUCCCCUGGCAAACAGUCAGUAUGCUACUGUCAAAGAAGAGAAAGGACAGUGCUACUUGUAUAUGAAGGUUAUAGAACGAGCAGCUUUUCCUAGGCGUCUCUGGGAACGGGUCCGGCUUCAUAAAAACUAUGAGAAAGCACUGGAGCAAAUAGAUGAAAAUCUGAUUUAUUGGCCUCGUUUCAUUCGACACAAAUGUAAGCAAAGAUUCACCAAGAUCACCCAGUACCUAAUUCGAAUUCGAAAACUUACACUAAAGCGACAGAGGAAACUCGUUCCUUUGAGUAAAAAGGUGGAGCGGAGGGAAAAAAGAAGAGAGGAAAAGGCAUUAAUCGCUGCUCAGCUGGACAAUGCCAUUGAGAAGGAAUUGCUGGAGAGGCUGAAACAAGAUACGUAUGGCGACAUCUACAACUUCCCCAUUCAUGCCUUUGACAAGGCCCUGGAGCAGCAGGAGGCAGGGAGUGACUCUUCGGAUGCUGAGGAAAAAGAUGAUGAAGAUGAUGAUGAAGAGGUGGGAAAGAGAGAGUUUGUGGAAGAUGAUGAGGUUGAUGAGAGUGACAUAAGUGAUUUUGAGGAUAUGGAUAAACUGGAUGCCAGCAGUGAUGAAGAUCAGGAUGAUAAAUCCUCCAGUGAGGAAGAAGAAAAGGCCCUUGAUGCCAAACACAAAGGCAAAACGCCUUUGAAAGGACCUUUGCGGAGAAAACGAGCAUACGUAGAGAUAGAGUAUGAACAGGAGACAGAGCCUGUGGACAAGGCCAAAACCACGUGAUUUCCUGUCAGACAUUUAUAAACAGGACUGAACAUUUUGAACUUCUUCCUUUCUUUUAUCUUAAGCACAUACACACCUCCAGAUUUUGCUCUUUAUGUUGUAUUUAACACAGUAUUUGUGUUUUUAAUAUUUAUGCCACUUCUGGCAAGAAAUCUGAAAGAGUGGAGGAAAGCCUUAAAUUGUGAACACAGUAUUUUUAUAGCAUUGGCAUAUGUGUUGAAGUAACAGCUUGAACCCAAGAAGCUUAACAGAUGAGUUUGUGGGUGUAAAUAUU